CUUCUCCUCCAGCGGGAGGGUAGGGGCUCGUAGAUAUAAAGGAGAGGGCCCCAUAGACGGGGGGCCCAGUACCGUUCAAAGAUGCAAGCUGCUGGGAUGCUGCGUGGAACGGGGGCCAUCUUCCUGCUGGCCUCCCUUUUCAGUCUUAUUAGCGAUACCAGCGGACUACCCCUACAGCUCUUGCCAAGUAUUCCGGGUUACAUCCCCGUCUACAUCAGGUACGGCGAUCAACCCUUAGAGGACAUCAACCCUGCACUGGCCGAAGCUUUUAACGAAAAUCAUGCCGUUUACAAGAACGUUCCAAAAAUACAGUCCGGCUACGUCCUGGACUCUUCUUCCUUCGAGCACCCAGACGAGGAUCACGACUCCUCCCUAGAGCCCAAUGAGUCAGAGCCCACGAGAGGUGACAAAUCGAACCAAGAACAAUCCAGCGAAGAAGGCGAUAAGGUGCCCAUCCCAAAAUUGGUAUCCGUCUACGAAUUGCACAAUCCAAAAGUCAGCAAGAUCACCGAACAGGAUGAUCGUGCGGUGGACGGACUCCUGGCUAAGAAUCCAAAGGACUCAAAAGCGAAGCCAGUGUCGGUAUCGAAGGAGGCUGUAAUCAAGGUAAGUGAGGCUCCAGUGGACAAGAGCGAGGACUUCGAAAGGAUUGAGGUGGAUAUCGAGAAGGAUGAACUCAGACCCAAUGAAUUAAUUGAUCCAAAUCCAAAUUAUCCCGAAUUACCGGCUGAGCUUACUCAGUAUCACAAUACAGCUCGCAAUUUUGGUACCGUCUCUGCUGAUCCUGUUCCUGAGAGAAAUGCAUUGAUAGACACGGAAGAAGACUCCAAAACAGAGGAGAGUCAAGAACUGAAGUCCACCGAUUCUGAAAGCCUCCAGCAUGAAGACACUAUCCAGGAAUUCGAUUCUUUGUACAGUGAAUCGGAUCCUUUGAACGAACCCGAAAAAUCCGAUUCCAAUAAUAUUUCACAGAUAUUUGGAAGUGUAUCCGGAGAACCUGUUCCCAGUGUGGAGACCGUAGAAUCUGCAGUGAGUUCAGAGUCUAGCAGUGCCGCACAGAAAUUCGGAAGCGUCUCGAGGGAACCGGUUCCCGAGGACGAUGAAUCCCCAGAGCAAACGUCAGGAUCCGAAGAACAGGCUGAGGACGAUCGGCACAAGAAUGAAUCGGAGAAUUUCGGUUCCGUCUUUUCCGAACGUGUUUCACAUCUGGAGGAACAGUCGAGUGAGGCUGAACAGAAGUCCUUGGAGGUUCCUCAGUAUCGUAGCAGCGCCCAGGACUUUAUUUCUGUACGAGGCGACAGUGCCAUUCCUUAACAAAGCAAGAGACACGACAAAGAUCAGAAGAAAAGAAAAAAAAGAGAGACGGGGUCCUGUUGGCUGGAUAUUACGCUAGUUAGGACUUAUGGACGCACUCGAAGGAACAAUAUCGUUAUUUAUUUCAAAAGGACACGCACGGAGAAUUGGGAUUACUUGUUACUCCCAGAUGACUUUUAUAGGAAAAAUUCUUAGUGAAAUAUAUAUAUUAUACAUGAA